GUGCAGUUGUCCUUGGCAACCCGCUUCUAAUUUUCUGUAGCUGUUAAUGGCAACCUAUCAGAUCGCUGCUUUCAUUUUCCCCUUAUGUGAUUUAGUUGCUAUGGGCAUCCUCUCGCUCCCCUCCCCUCACACGAGGCAGACAUAACAUUCCCUCAUGUCACAGGCGGGAGCAGUGUGAGCGGAGCCGGAUUCCUCAGGCAGAUGCGCUCCCUGGAAUCCCACCACAGACGCACGUGUAAUGUGUUUGCAGCGCCAAAUGAAGGGGAGGAGGCGGGGAGGAAAUGAACGCGCCGCCAUUGGCAACAUAGUCCCCGGACUUCCCACUCCCCCUCCGCUUCCACUAAUCACCUCCGCGCCGCAGUGACACGCUUCCCCCCCUAGAGGCGCUGUUGCAGUAGUUCACGGUUGUAAUCAACGCGGCGCAUGCGCGGAGCCGUGCUUUCCUCGUCGUGAUCCUGCCCCCUCUGCCAGUCCGGGCAGCCCCGGCGACAUGAGGCGGCUCCUGAAUGGUGUCCGGAGAUCUGGCCCUGACAACCGAGGACGAAGAGCAGACGACUAGUAUGAAGGAGAUGAUCGGAGGCUGCUGCGUGUGCUCGGACGAGAGGGGCUGGGCCGAAAACCCGCUGGUGUACUGCGACGGGCACGGCUGUAACGUGGCGGUGCAUCAAGCUUGUUACGGAAUAGUGCAAGUGCCGACCGGACCGUGGUUUUGUAGAAAAUGCGAAUCCCAGGAGAGGGCGGCCAGAGUGAGAUGUGAGCUGUGUCCUCAUAAGGAUGGAGCGUUAAAGCGCACAGACAAUGGAGGUUGGGCUCAUGUGGUAUGUGCACUAUAUAUUCCAGAAGUCCAGUUUGCUAAUGUUUCUACGAUGGAGCCUAUUGUCUUACAGUCGGUGCCACAUGAACGAUACAAUAAGACUUGCUAUAUAUGUGAUGAGCAAGGGCGAGAGAGCAAAGCUGCUACCGGGGCUUGUAUGACCUGCAAUAAACAUGGAUGUCGUCAAGCCUUCCACGUAACUUGUGCACAGUUUGCAGGACUUCUGUGUGAAGAGGAGGGGAAUGGAGCAGACAAUGUGCAGUACUGUGGUUAUUGUAAAUACCACUAUAGUAAAUUGAAGCAUAAGGAGAAGGAAAAGCACAGACAGAAAUCCAGAAAGCAAAUGGAGCCUUUGGCAUCAUUAGUUCCCUCUCUGACUGUGACUACUGAGAAGUCGUACACCUGCGGCACCAACAACAACAACUCGGUCACCAGCUCAGUAAAGCGUUUGGAGGAAACUGCGGCGCGGUUCACAAAUGCAAAUUUCCAGGAGGUUUCUGCACAUCCAUCAAGUGUGAAAGAUGCCCUGGAAACACGAAUGUCAGAGGGCAAACCCAAGAAGACUCCGGGUCACAACUCCAUUCAGCGUGGCCGAAAGUCCAACAGUGGCCGGAAUACUACUGGUCCAGCCGCAGCUACCAGCCCCUUCCAGCAAGGUAGUUUUUCAGGGACGCCGAGCAGUGUUAAGUCAUCUUCUGGUAGCUCAGUGCAGUCUCCCCAGGAUUUCUUGAGUUUUACAGAUUCUGAACUGCGGACUGAUGGCUAUCACCACCCUCAGCAGCUCCCGUCAACCAAAGAUACGUCCAAAGGGGAGCCAGGACUACAGGAAGGGACACUUAGCAGUUUUAAUUCCUUAAUGGGCCUUCCAUCAAAUCCAAUUAUGUCUUUCCAGACCAAAAACUUUGACAGUGUUUCUGGGGAUUAUAUGAACUCAAGCCUUACUGUAUCAGGAUACAAGCGGGUACAAUCCUCCAUGGUGGAAGAAGAUGCAGUAAAAGAGAAAAGGAGGAAAGGAAAUAAACAGAGUAAACACGGGCCCGGGCGGCCGAAAGGGAGCAAGAAUCAAGACAGUAUGUCCAACCUGUCUGUUUCCUCCGUUUCACCAACAUCCUCUGUGGCCUCUGCGGCGGGUAGUAUAGCCAGCUCUGGCCUCCAGAGGUCCCCUACAUUGCUCAGGAAUGGCAGCCUCCAGAGCUUAAGCGUUGGCUCUUCUCCAGUUGGAUCAGGCAUUUUCAGCAGCAAUGAUGUAGCAGUAUCCUUUCCCAGCGCUUUGUCAGGUUCCAGUACACCAGUUUCCAGUUCCCAUGUCUCACAGUCCACUGCUGCUCAUCUACAGCCUGGAGGAUCCUCAUCCCCAUUGCCCUCUUCUUUAACUACUGCCCUUACCAGCACUACUACAACUCAGGUAAAUUCUCUUCCUGGAUCCUUAGUGACUGUGACGUCAUCUCAUUUCAGUGGAAAUAGGCAGAAUCCCACCUCAUCUGUAGGGCCGACUGAAAACAGCCAGACAGACCAAGAUCUUGGAGACAAUGGUCGCAGUCUGGCCGUGAAGGUGGCCUCCCCUAGAGGAAGUCUGUCUCCUCGGUCCCCAUUAAACAGUCUUUCGACUCGCUUUGAACAGUCUGGGAAUGGCAAUCCAGAGAGCGCCUCCCUGCCGGUCACCAGUAUAGAGCAGCUUCUGGAGCGACAGUGGAGCGAAGGACAGCAGUUUCUGCAGGAACAAGGGGCAACUAGUGACAUUUUAGGUAUGCUGAAGUCCCUGCACCAGCUGCAAGUGGAGAAUCGACGACUGGAGGAACAGAUCAAGAACCUCACUGCCAAAAAGGAGCGUCUUCAGCUUCUGAACGCACAGCUCUCUGUUCCCUUCCCAUCUAUAUCUUCCGACCAUAUGGCGCCUCCUCCGGUGCAUACAUACCCAUUGCAGAAUGUAUCGAGUACAGACGCACUGAGCAUCAGUAAAAGUCCUCACCUUGGAAACUUCCAGACAGAGAACACUCAUCCAGCCCCCCAUCAGGAACUCGCAUCAAGCCGGCAAAGCACCAGCAGUUCUUCCUCACUCUCCACUCCGCCCCCUGAUGGGCAGAGUCCAGCACAACAAGUUCAAGGGGUUCAGCAAAGAAUCAAUGGUGUCACCAUGGGAACACUAACAAGUGGCAUUCAGUCAGUCACGCCAGCUCUUCCUACCGUGCCGGGAGUGGGUGCAAUAAUUGGUGCUCUUCCAGCAAACCAGCUGGCGAUUAAUGGCAUUGUUGGGGCUUUGAACGGAGUGAUUCAGACUCCGGCUACACUACCCCAAACUACUGCUCUUACUCAUGGGACAAUAUUGCCUAACGUUACACACCCAAUCUCUUCUACUUUAACAAACAGUGCCUCCGGAUUGGGACUCCUCUCGGACCAGCAAAGGCAGCUGUUCCUUCAUCAGCAACACCAGCAAUUCCAGCAGCUCCUGACCACCCAGCAGCUGACCCCGGAGCAGCACCAUGCCCUGUUAUAUCAGCUAAUGCAUCAGCAUCAACAACAGCAACAGCAGCAGCACCAUCACCACCACCAGCCGGACCUCCAGCAGCUGCAGAUGCCAGCCACCGCUCAGUUACCACUCAACAACCUGCUAGCCGGAGCCCAGGCCACCACCCUGCACUCUACAGCUACCAACCCUUUCCUGGCCAUGCAUGCCGACAACACAGCUCAUAAAGUCUCAAGGCUUGGAGAGAAGAACGGACCAGUUAUGCAAGAUAAGAGUUGAUGCGUAAGCUCCGCGCGUCCACCUGGCACUUGACUUUCCGAAAACAGACGUCUUCCUAUUCGUAGCAAAGAAACAAUGCAAACGAAGACCUAUUGACUUUACUCCGUAUUCACCAUCGCCCUUCCGACAGAUGGUGGUGGGGGGGGGGGGGGGGGGGAGUAGCGCGUCGCAGAGCGUUGAUGGCCUCGCUAUUUUGGAGGGAGGAGACCUCGACGGCAGCCUACGCGAGGCUACGGAUAUUUAUUCAUUCUAACUCUUCUUGUUGCUUUGUUGCACUGAAACUUGGCCUGUAUUAAGUCUGAGAAAGGUUAAAAAAAACAAAAAAAAAAACACUUGUCCGCACGAACGAAAUGCUGCCCGCGACUGGUGACUCCCGACUGCUAGUGAUACCUUGGUGCAAUUCUGCCACUGGUCACUUAAAGGUAUUAAUGGACAAUAUAAUUGUUACCAGACGUGUUUUCCAGCAGCCGAUGUUCUGUUUUGUUUUUUUUGCAGAUUUACAGUAAGAAAUGAUAGAAGGGUUGGUGUUGGGACAGCGCCAUUUUAUUCCAUUGAAAGUGCCUGUUGCUGAGGUUCCCAGAGCAGACGCAAGGCAAGACUGCUGGAAGCAAUCACAUUGCACUAGAGCGGUGUUUCCCAACCAGGGUGCCUCCAGC